AUGUCUGAAUCAGUACCAAAAAGUGGUACAAGCGCCGAUUAUGGCAACAACGACAUUCAGAUCAUAUCUGAUGACGAUGAGGAAGAUCAAAGGAUUAAGAAACGGAAAAUAGCACAACGUGGUGCCGAAGAAAUAGGGACGUUAAAAUUGAAGAAAUCGUUAUUGAAUGUACAUUUCGAGUGGGACAACACAGAAAAUGGGUUUAUGUGUAUUCACUGCAGAAAUAUUAUGAAAGCAGACAAGUCCGGCUCAACCUCGAAUCUUGGAAGGCACAUCAAGCGAAAACACCCCACAAUACAUGCGAAUAAUAUCGAGUCACAAAACAAAAUCACACAAUUUACGUAUUCUGUUGACAAAGAGGUCAAAUAUUCACAAGAAGAGUUUGAGAAAUCUCUCGUGAACUUCAUUCUUCUUUCUAGCCAACCAUUCACUUUAGUUCAAGAAAAAUCUUUUAUUGAGAUGAUAUAUAAAUGCAAUCCCAAGACACAAUUACCUAGCGCCACCACAAUUAAAAGACGGAUCACAGAACUUUACGAUAUAGAAAAGAAUAACCUAAAAAAUUUAAUACAAUCAAUUGAAUCAAAAGUUUCUUUUACGGUGGAUGUUUGGACGUCGAAAACGCAGGUUGCGUUUCAAGGCGUAAUGAUGCAUUGGAUUGGCAAGGAUUGGACUCUGAACGAAUUGCCUUUGGAUUUGGAUAUCCUUCAUGGAUCUCACACCGGCGAAACCCUGGCGACGUCAUUUAUGAAUAUUUUAAAGGAAUUUGACUUGCACAAUCGUAUUCUGGCGAUCACAACUGACAAUGCGUCCAAUUGUGAUACUUUUUUCUCAAACAUUCAGAUGCAGCUUGAACUUAAGGGCAUUGAAUUUGACAUUGAGAAUCAAAGGGUGAGAUGUUUAGCACACAUAAUCAACCUUGCAUGUAAGGACGCAAUUGCAUUUCUUAAAGUUGGGAAACCCAGUAAAUUCAAUUCAUCAGAUCAGUCCGAGGUGGAUGAAGACGAAGACGAGAAUAAUUUGCACCAGGACUACGGCGACAUAAUUCCGACUGGUUCUAUUCUUCAAAAGCUUAUUAAAGGGCCAUUUGAAAACACACUCAGGAAUGACAAAAAGUUGGCAUUACUAAUACUUGCGGAGGACGAGUGGGGGAAGGUCCAAGAAAUGCUUGUUUUUUUAAAGCCGUUCAAAAAGACGACUAAUUAUCUUCAGGAGGGCGUAAUUCCAACCAUGGCAUUGUCAGCCUUAAUUUAUCAAAAGUUGUAUGACCACCUGGAAAAUUACUCGAAUGAUAAUACACACUCAGAGUGGAUCUUAGUGGCUGCCAAGCAGGCGUAUGAUAAAUUAAACAAAUAUUAUCCAACUUCAGAUGGACUGAAUAGUAAAGCAAUGUUGGGAGUCGAAAUGCAAGCCAAUUUUGGGAAGAAUCGAGCCAACUUGUCAACGUCAGAACUCUGCAGCGUCCUAUUUUGA